UUCUUGUUCUCAUCACUUCCUUUGCUGCCGUUUCGUGGGCCACAAUUUUCGCUACCAAUUUCCUUUUUAUAGAUCUGAACAGAAGAAAAUUCAUUGAAAGAUCUGAACAGGAGAUAGCAAGCAGAUCUAAAGGUAUACAAUUUGGGCCUUUUUUUCUUCUUCUUCUUCAUCGUCUUUUCCCUUUAAUUAUUUGUUGGUGUUUCAAAGAUAUCAUGGCGAAGGAGUAUCGAUUGCCUUUCAAGGUUGGGCAAUUGGCUGAAGCACAAUGUUUCGAGAAUGGAUUUCGUGGUGCAUGGUUUCGGUGUAAGAUACAGAAGAUUAGCUGCAGAAGAGGACAUUGGAAUGCACUCUUGGAAUAUUUUGAUUAUCCAGAUGAAAAACAUACUUGGACCAAGCUGUAUCAAUAUCCUCCAUAUAAAGUUGGGAAGUCGAAGGAGAAAAGGCAACUAAUGCUGCGGCCGCAGUAUCCUUCUGUCAAGCUUAAAAAUGAAGUUUCAGAUGUCAGUUCAAUUUCUGAAGCUACAGUAGUUGCUGAUGGUAAUUGGCAGGUGGGUGAUUUGGUUGAUUGGUGGGCUAAUGGCUGUUAUUGGUCUGGGCACUUGACAAAGUUAUUUGGCAACGGUGAAGCUGAGAUGGCAUUGACACCACCUCCUGUGGGUGAAGGUGCAAUUUAUGAAGUUUCUUUCAAGGAUUUGCGCCCAUCCUUAGAUUGGUCUCCAAACUUUGGUUGGACUGUGCCUACAUCUCAGGAUGGUGAUAGUGUCCGUCGAUGUGCUCAACUGAUUCAACCUGUCAACCACGCCCUUGGUCGGUUUCCAGUUUUGGAAAUACAUUCUAUGGGUGAAGGGAGAAGGGACAGCCAAGCAAGAGCUGGAUCUUCACCAAGUCUCUCUUUCUCUCCUCAUUCAUCUGCAAACUUGUCACCAGCCUCUGAUGAAAAGAGGGAUUUUAAAACUUUCGAGUUAGCAAAACACCGGAUUGUUGAUCCUCAAGAAGAGGCUACGAACACAUCAAAGAAAGUCAUACGGUCAUAUAUUAGUUCUUGUUCUCAUACGGGAGACGAAUCAGCAAAAAAAUCCAGUUUGUUAGAUAAAGGUUCUAAUAGUUCCUGUAUCGGAGUUGAUUCGGAGAAAACCACUGGGCCAACUGAAAAAGUUAACUAUUCGAGUUGUCCUUUGAAGAAAUUCAGAACGGGUGAUGGGGUUCAGUUACAUUCAAUGGGUUCUGACUCGACGGAGGCAGCGAUUUUGGAUUUGGAGGAACUCGCAAACAAAAUUAAAUGGUUGAAAGGACUGCUCGAGUUCGGAGGACCUGUGUCUAAUGCUGCUGCAAGGCCUUCAUGGAAGUUCGUGGAACGUCAUACAUCUUCUGUAAAUAAAUGAUGGGAUGGUUUCGAAGUCUCCCGUGGCUCUCAAGAAAUGAGGUUUGAAGCUUCUAUGCUUCUCGCGAGUAUAAAAGUCCGUGCUGAUUUGAAACUCAAGCACAUCCAAAUGAACGGUUUCAAGUCCAAGCUGCAUAGCUCAACUCGAUAUUCUGGCUUCAUUUGGAGAUGAUUUAGAGAUGCAUUGAAGCGCGCUUAUUAUCUGCUUGAUGAGUCGAUGAUAUGUACUGACAAGUAAUUUGUGCUGUCGUAAAAAUUCUACAAGUUCGAUCGAUCGCAGGUUAUUGUGACCAUUUGCCGGCUGUUGUGGCCAACUGCUUUUUGGCAACAUUGUCUUUACCAUUGUUUAGUUUCUCCAUGAAAGAAGCAGCUUGUAUAGAGAUAUGUCAAAAGUGGAGAUGAUAAUAGUAUAGAUCUCUCUUUCAUUUGUCAAGGCCUGUGGUUGAAAGCUGUUUUUCUUUUUCACAAAUCUUGCCUUGAUCUGUGAGACUCAUUUGGGUAAUUCCACUUUUGUAACUUUGACUUUGCACUAUGGUGAAAUGUUUACUGAGUCCGGAGCCAAAA